CCCAUGGCCUGGGGAUCUCAGCAGGAUGUCCACACCCCACAGUGAAUAAAGAGGCUUCCUGAGACAUCUGAGAAGCACUCCAGGACGAAACCUUGAACCCAGUGCUGGGAGACUGUGAAAUUUGCAGACUCUGCAUCAUGAAUACUCUGUGUGAAGCAAAUGGCUCCUUUGCCAUCAGUCUUUUAAAGAUCCUGGGUCAAAACAACCCUACGGGAAAUGUGUGUUAUUCUCCUGUGAGCAUCUCCUCUGCUCUAGCUAUGGUCCUCUUAGGGGCCAAGGGAGACACUGCAGUCCAGAUAACUCAGAUACUUGGUUUAAAUAAAGAGAAAGACAUACAUCAGGGCUUCCAGAGGCUUCUCAGUAACCUGAACAAGACAGACAGAAAGUAUAUCCUUCGCAUGGCCAACAGGAUCUUUGCAGAGGAUGCUUGUGAAUUACCCCCAACCUUUAAGGAGUCCUGUCUUCAGUUCUAUCACUCGGAGAUGGAGCAGCUGUCCUUUGUCAAAGCUCCAGAGGAGUCCAGGAAACACAUAAACACGUGGGUCUCCAAACAGACUGAAGGGAAAAUUCCAGAGUUGCUGUCAGAAGACUCCAUUGAUUCAAAGACCAGGCUGGUUCUUGUCAAUGCUUUAUAUUUCAAAGGAAGGUGGCAAAAGCCUUUUCAAAAAACAUGCACAAAGGAAAUGCCUUUUAAAAUAAACCAGAAGGAGAAACGGCCAGUGCAGAUGAUGUGUCAGGAGGACACUUUUAACCUCGCCUAUGUGGAUGAAAUACAGGCACAGGUGCUGGUGAUGCCCUAUGAGGACAUGGAGCUGAGCAUGGUGGUCCUGCUCCCAGAUGAUGGUGUGGACCUCAGCAAGGUGGAAAACAAUCUCACUUUUGAGAAGUUAACAGCCUGGACCAGACCAGACUUUAUGGAGAGAACUUACCUUAAGGUUUUCCUUCCAAAAUUCAAACUGCAAAAGGAUUAUGACAUGAAGUCCUUGCUUCAGCGAUUGACAAUGGUGAAUGUGUUCCAAGAGGGCAAGGCUAAUCUGUCAGGAAUGUCUCCCGAGAGAGACCUGUGUCUGUCCCAGUUUAUCCACAAGAGUGUUGUGGAGGUCAACGAAGAAGGCACAGAGGCUGCAGUAGCAAUAUCCGAAGCAUGGGUGUUGUGUUCUGAAAAUCCUCCCCCUAAAUUCUGUGCAGACCACCCCUUCCUUUUCUUCAUCAGGCACAAUGAAACCAAUAACCUCCUGUUCUGUGGCAGGUUCUCAUCUCCAUAAAGAUACAUUUGCUAUGUGGGAAACAGUUCUCUCUUCAGCAUCUUGACAAAUCUUACCACCCUGUGAGGAUAGGCAUAUAUGGGGAAAGCAUGUUCAAGGUGAGGGCCGAGCAGCCCCAGGUCUGUUCCUGAGUGUGGGAGUGUGGACGAUGGAAAGUCUAGCUAAAAGGGUUAAGAAUCAGAGACACAGGAUAUCUGUCAGGAGAGUAGACUCAGUCCAUACUGAAUGUGCGUUACUAUAUUCAUAUACCAUCUUAAGUAUUCAACCAACAGUAAGGAAAGAAAGGCAGAAAACUUAUGUUAUCAUGUAUAAAGGGACAAAGAGUCAUUAAGUCCUUUAAUCCUUCAGGUCCUCUAUAGUCUCACUUACCACUAGGCCUUCAGGAUGAGAGAAAACUUGCCUGGUCCCAACUCUCUUGUUAUUUAGAUAGGAAACAUUCACCACCAAGUCCUAGGACAUCCUGCAGUCCUUAAAUUAAUGUCUUAAGAACAUUAGAAGUGAUUUGAGCUGUCUAAAAUCCUGACAAGGUGGAAUGGACUCCCAUGUAUGGGUCCCAUCAUGUCUGACUGCUGGGAUUAAGGAGUGUGUCACCACUGCCUGAUCUCUACUUCUUGAGGUUGACUUUGCUUUUCUGAAUCUUCAGUCAAGCCAUAAUAAAUCAUAAAUAAUAAAUCACUACAACUAAAUGUUUUCCUUGCAGAAAUCAUGAUUAUGUAGACUAUUGUGUUCUCCAAAGCAGCUGUAAUAGUUAAAUUUUGUGUCGUCCUUAACAGCCAUUUCAAAAUAAAUUUGUUUUAUUGCCAA